UUCUAUUUGCAUGAGGUUUAGAAAAAUCUUUGGUUUUUUUUGGCCUCUGAAACUUUGCCAUGAUCAAAUACAGUGAGUUUUAUUUUUCUCUAAUUUUGAGGAAAAGUGGAAAGGAUGCAGAAAGAAAACAGGGAUUUUCUUUUUCUUUUUCUUUUUCACCUACCUUGAGUAUAUAAUUCGUAUUUUUCUGUCUGAAGUUUUCUCUCUUGGCAGCUGCCUCAUGUUUAUGUACUGACAGACAGACAGGAAAGAGGUGGAGAGAGAUGUCUUUCACCUGAGACACUGGGGGUGCCCAUUUGUUCAAAUCCCAGAAAAUCACCGUACAGUCGGUCUCAGGUUGAGGGUAUUUGGUAUCGUUUGGAGAGUAGUUUUCUUUCUUCCAAGCCGCUGUGGGGGCAUUCAUGAUUUACAUGAAGCUUAUCCACAAUGUCGACUGUAGAGAAGCGUCAUGGUGAUGUAGAAGAGGGAGGUAGGCGUGGGUCCGGCGGUGUCGGUGGCUCAUACGGCGAUGAGGAGCAGAGGUGUUCGAGGGGGCCGGGGACGGAGAUUGUUGGGGUUUCGGAAAAGGGGAGGGAAUCCUCUGUGUCAGAAUGUUCAGUAGACGUGGAUCUGGGACGUGGGGUUCCGGAGAUUAAGGUGCAUUUGGCGAAAGUGGAGAGGGAUUGUAGGAUUUGUCACCUAAGCUUGGAUUCAACGAAUCAGGAGUCUGGGAUUCCGAUUGAACUGGGUUGUUCUUGCAAGGCCGAUUUGGCUGCCGCUCAUAAGCAGUGUGCAGAGGCGUGGUUCAAGAUUAAGGGCAACAAAAUCUGUGAGAUAUGUGGAUCAGUUGCGCGAAAUGUUUCUGGUGCAAAUGAGGCUGAGUUGAUGGAGCAGUGGAAUGACACAACUGAUGUUGCAACUGCAGCAGCACCUGCACGCCCAACAGAGAUCCGAAACUUCUGGCAAGGCCAUAGAUUCCUGAAUUUCCUUCUAGCUUGUAUGGUCUUCGCUUUUGUCAUCUCUUGGCUUUUUCACUUCAACGUAUCAGCAUAAAAAUCCUUUUCUCGACUGAGGCUUGAGCAUUUCUCUUGAGACAUGAUGAUCGAGAAGCAGACCAGCCUUAAGGCUCCUAGCAACUCAGCGCAGGUACCAUCCCCAGCCAGCAUGCCUUGCCCGUUCUUGCCUAGCAUAUUGUUCAUAUAAGAGCUUUUGAUGAACCUUGUACUUGGUGGUGUUCUAUUAUUAUUUCCUUUAUUUUCUUCUCUGCAUAACCUAAAAUAUUGUUGUAUACUGUUUUCACCUGGUUCCCACUGUAUUUGUUUCACUUCCUUGGCCUUCCUGGCCUCCCUUUGCUUGUAGAAUUUCUAUUGGAAACUGGAAAGACGAAUUGUGAUGCUGUACAAAUGGAGAUUGAAUUUUUAUGGUGUAAUUUCAUUACAAGAGGGGCCAUGUGACGAUA